CAUUAUUGCCAGAUCCAUCCUCCUCCAGUGCAGUGCUAGAUCGAGUGACAGAAAGACAGACACCGGCCGUGCAGUGCCGGUGGCGGCAAGUCGCGACGGCCAUGGAGUUCCUUCUGGACAGCAUCCCCAUGGUGUCGCUGGCCGCCGCGGUCGCCAUACUGUACGCGCGCGUGUCGUCGUCGCUCCUCCGCCCCGGCCUCCCGCGCCUCGUCGCGCUGCUCCCGCUCUUCCCGUUCCUCGCCGCCGCGCCCCUGGCCUUGACUUCCUCCGCCAUCGUCCGGGGAACCGCCGCCUUCUUCCUCACCUGGCUCUGCGCGUUCAAGCUCGCCCUCCUCGCCGCCGGCCGCGGGCCGCUCGACCCCGCGCUCCCCGUGCUGCCAUUCGUCUUCACCUCCCUGCUCCCCGUCAAGCUCCGGCCCUCCGGCGCCGGAGCGCCCAAAGCCAAGCCGUUGCCGUCGCUCCUCUCUUGCGCGGCCAAGGUCGCCGUCAUAGCCGCCAUCCUCCGCCUCUACCAGUACAACGCUCGGCUGCACCCCUACGCGCGCCGGGCAGUGUACGGCGUCCACAUAUACUGCUUCCUCGACCUCUUCUUCCCCUGCAUCGCGGCGGCCGCCGGCGCGCUCGGCAUGGAGACGGAGCCGCAGUUCGACCGCCCGUACCUGGCCUCCUCCCUACGCGACUUCUGGGGCCGCCGGUGGAACCUCAUGGUCUCCGCCGUCCUCCGGCCGUCGGUGUACGACCCCGUGCGCGCGCGCGCCGGGAGCCCCGCCGGCGUGCUGGCCACCUUCCUGGUGUCCGGGCUGAUGCACGAGGGCAUGGUGUACUACCUCAGCCUCCGGCGCCCGGACGGCGGGAUGACCGCCUUCUUCCUGCUCCACGGCGCUUGCUGCGUCGCCGAGGGGUGGUGCGCGCGGCGGUGGGCGGCGAGGGGGUGGCCGUCGCCGCCGCGUGCCGUGGCGACGGUGAUUGUGGUGGUGUUCGUCGCGGGCACGGCGUUCUGGCUUUUCUUCCCGCCGCUGUGCAAGGACGGAGGCGAGGAGAAGCUGCUCGAGGAGUGGGCUGCCGUGGCGGCCUUCUUCCUCGACGCCGGCAGAAAGAUUAAUGGCAUUGUACGUUCAACGGACUAACUAGUAGGAGUAGUCGUUCUAAAAAAAAAAACUAGUAGGAGUAGGAAGGAAAAUAAAUUUCAGAUUUAUUGGGACUCUAACCAAGUAACCAAACAUGAUUGCAUUGUCUUGUUUACCAUGUUAAAGUCUGAGAGAUGAAAUGUACACUCUCAAAAGUUUCACAAGUGAGAAAAAUGUAAAGCACCGAGGACCUCCAUCAUUCUCCAUAAUAAUAUGAACUGUGCACCAUUCCACACCUA